AGCACGAGCCACACAGAGCGAGAGGGCAGAGAGAGAGAGAGGAGAGCUGCGGAGUUUAAUGGAGAGGGCUACAACUGCGCACAAACACAGAUUUGAUCAGUGAGUUUAACUUGCUGCUGCUGGUCAGUGUGCACCGAAGCCACCCGCUGCAAACAAGCCCUACUUUACUUGCUGAAUUUGCGCUAAAACAGACUUUUUCUCCUGAGAGAUUUCUUUUUUUCUGUGAGGAAGAAGUUGAGGAACUCUGUGUUGGACUGGAUUCCAUUUUGGACGUAUUUAUGUGACAGCACCUUUGUUGCGUGUGUAAUGCGGGGUGAUCGGAAACCAGCGCGGAACCUGUGGAUUUAACGCAAACGGGAUUUUGGACUGAUUAUUUCUUAUCUUUUGACUUGUGCCGAUUGGUUUCGGCGUACAUGAACAGCCGCUAAAGAAAAACUGAAUUUAAAAAAAGAGAUAAACACAGAGCAAUGGAAGUAAGUGCGGAUCAGCCCCGAUGGAUGAGCCAUCAUCCCGCGGUGUUGAACGAGCAGCAUCCCGGCUCACAUCACCCGGGCCUCAGCCACUCAUACAUGGACCCUUCGCAGUAUCCCUUGGCUGAAGAUGUGGAUGUACUCUUUAAUAUCGAUGGACAGGGGAACCACGUCUCUCCUUAUUAUGGAAACUCUGUCCGAGCCGUCCAGAGGUACCCUCCUCCUCCACACAGUAGCCAGGUGUGCCGUCCCUCGUUACUGCACAGCUCCCUGCCCUGGCUGGAGGGGAGCAAAGGCAUCGCCCCGCACCACAGCAGCUCCCCCUGGAACCUGAGCCCUUUCCCCAAGAACCCCCUGCACCACGGCUCCCCGGCCAGCCUGUCCGUCUACCCUCCGGCCUCCUCCACGUCCCUGUCCACCGGCCACUCCAGUCCGCACCUCUUCACGUUUCCCCCCACCCCUCCCAAAGACGUGUCUCCGGACCCCGGCAUAUCCACGCCGGGCUCCAGCAGCUCCGGCAGGCAGGAGGACAAAGAGUGCAUAAAGUACCAGGUGACCCUGGCCGAAAGUAUGAAACUCGAAUCAGCUCACAGCCGGAGCGUGGCGUCAAUCGGAGGAGGCUCAGCCUCUGCCCACCACCCCAUCGCCACAUACCCACCCUAUGAAUACGGCCCAGGCCUCUUCCCACCAAGUAGCCUGAUAGGUGGGUCAUCUUCUAGUUAUGGUUCCAAAACAAGACCAAAAACAAGGUCCUGUUCAGAAGGUAGAGAGUGCGUGAACUGUGGGGCCACGUCGACUCCCCUGUGGAGGCGGGACGGUACGGGUCACUAUCUGUGUAACGCCUGUGGACUCUAUCACAAGAUGAACGGGCAGAAUCGCCCUCUCAUCAAGCCCAAGCGGCGGCUGUCCGCAGCCAGGCGGGCGGGGACGUCAUGUGCUAACUGUCAAACGACAACGACGACGCUGUGGCGGAGAAACGCCAACGGGGACCCGGUGUGCAACGCCUGCGGCCUCUACUUUAAACUGCACAAUAUCAACCGACCUCUGACCAUGAAGAAGGAAGGCAUCCAGACCCGGAACAGGAAGAUGUCCAGCAAGUCCAAGAAGAGCAAAAAGUCCCAGGACAACAUGGAUGACUUCUCCAAGAGCCUGAUGGACAAGAGCAGCUCGUUCAGUCCGGCUGCCCUGUCCCGCCACAUGUCCUCCUUCCCUCCCUUCUCGCACUCGGGCCACAUGCUGACCACGCCCACACCCAUGCACCCAUCUUCAAGCCUUCCCUUCGCCCCCCACCACCCCUCCAGUAUGGUCACAGCCAUGGGUUAAGGCUCCACGCACCAGCUCCUGAACCCCCCGGGCCUCGUGGCCUCCACCACCACCAAAACACCCUUCGGUACCUUCGCUGACCUGCUUCCACAUCCUCAAAGACAAACAGACUGCUCCUUGGUUCGACCUGAGCUCCAACCGCCUCACCGCCAAGACACGGCGUGAGAGCGACGGGCUCCUUUUUCCUCGGUUCUUUCUUAUUUUUUACAAAAGUGUACCUCUGCGAUGUGAAUGCUUUGCAGACUUGACCGUGGCGCAACCUGUAAGAGAGAACAUUUCUCCACGAUCGCCACCACGAUGAGGCUGUCCUCCCAGCCGACACACACGAUACGGAGCUCCAUUUGUGUACAAAAAGCCAUUUUUCACCCACAACACCAACAAAACAGACAUUACGUGAACUUUUACGACGCCCUCUCCCUGAAAAGAAAAAAAGAAAAGAAAACAAGAAAAAAAAACCUGCCUCUCUUCACCUUGCACCUGUGUAACAGGAACCCCCUCCCCAAUACCCUUCUUCUACUUCUACUUCUUCUUCUUCUUCCUUCUUCUUCCUUCUUCUUCUUCUUCUCCUUCUUCAGCUGAAGACGAGGGGAGACUGAAUAUAUUUGUACAAAUUGUAUGAAAUACAGUACAUUAAAUGAAGACUUUUUAAUUGAGUAAGGAAAAAAAAAAGCAAACAUGCCCCAGGGCAGCUAAUGACAAGAAGGGUACAAGUUGCAGCAGGUGGAGAGGCGCUCUGCCUUUCGGAGCGAAGAGGAGGAGAUGCCUCCAUCACCUGGAGGAGAGAAAAGAACGGAGCGAGAGGAGGUUAGAAGACGAGAGGGAAAGACCUUUGCGAAAGGGCAGGCCUCGCGUUUUGCCUGCAUGAAUUGUGUUGCAUUAAGUUUGCAGGGAGUCAGCGGCUCUGGCUGCGGGCCUCUCUCUCUUCUUCUUUGAUUUUUAUUUUUUAUUUGAUUUUCUUUUUUGGAUGUGCUAUAGGUCUCGGGCAAUUGGUUUGUGUUGAAGCGCGCACAUACACGCUCACGCACUCAUGUACACACAAACACACACACGCACACAUGUACACAGACCCACAUACACACCUGAUCACCUGAAAGACUCUUCCUGCCCACAGAUUAUAUGCAUUGUGAAAAAAGUUCCUGUAUUUGUUAUUUGUAUGUAUAAAUCAGAGUACCAAAAAUACGAAAGAAACAAAGAUGUUGAAUUAUUUCUUUAUGUUAUGCAGACUGAAUAGUUGUAAAAAUUUAAUAAUAAUCACUAGUGUAAAAUAUGACUGCUUUUUUUGUUUCGUAAUUUUUUUUCCUCUUUGAAAAUAAUAAACUAGUUUAAUCUC